CUUCAAAUCAUUGGUGUAUAUUUGUGAGUUUUCUCAUCUUCUCUAGUUUCCAACGUCUUUUGGUAUCCACACAAAUUUCACACGCACAAUUUAAUAAAAUGUCACCUCUUCUGCUGCUACGUUUUCCUCUGUUCAGCUAUCCUAAUGGCAACAGCUUCUGCAAUUUCAAGAAAUGUACCUUUUAUUCCUGCCAUUUACAAUUCUUCAAGAAUUUCCUGUCUAAAUCAUCUCAAUUUUGCCAAAAAUCUGAGAAAGAUCCGAUCAAUAUCUCUUGCAGUAGCUUCUGAUGGCGAAUCAAGAACACACAAUGAGUACAGUAAUUCCCACAAAAAUUCACGACCCAAUAAUGUUCAUGGACUCCAUUCCAAGUUCUUGUCUGCAGAUCUUCAGAAAAGUCACUCCAAUCGGACUGUUAUUGUUAAAUCUAUGGAAUCAACCAGUGGUUCAACCUCUACUGGCAUUCUAAGCAUGGUGUUUAAAGUGAUGCAUUUAAUAGUUUCACUUGGAAUCAUACUGGCCAUGGAUAAGUAUUUGAAGAAGGCAUUCAUUGCAGCUGCCAUUAAGUUCCCAAGCGCUCUAUUUGGAAUGUUUUGUGUAUUCACCGUUUUAAAUGUUCUUGAUUUCGUUGUCCCUGCGGCGGCAACUGGCUUGAUGAACUUCUUUGAGCCUGCGUUUUUGUUUAUUCAGAGGUGGCUUCCAUUGUUCUAUGUACCUUCUCUGGUGGUCUUACCUCUGGCUGUUAAAGAUAUUCCUGCAGCGUCUGGCCUCAAAAUUGUUUUCAUUAUAGUUGCGGGGUGGCUGGCUUCACUCUCUGUUGCAGGUUUUACAGCUAUAGCGGUGAGAAAGAUGGUAAAGACUGAAAUGAUACCAGCUGAGCCUAUGUCAAAGCCUUCUCCAUUUUCUUCAUUCGAAUUGUGGACAUGGAGUGCGAUUUUUCUUAUAUCAUUUGUGUCAGCACUUCUAUACCCCACAGUGCUUGGAACAAAUGCCAGAACAUGCCUGCCUUUUCUCCUCUCCUCUACUGUAUUAGGCUAUAUAAUUGGUUCUGGGCUUCCAUCUGAUGCGAAGAAGAUUUUCCAUCCCAUUAUUUGCUGUGCACUAUCAGCAGAUGUUGCAGCAUUGGCUUAUGGACAGCUUUCACAGUUGGGAAUUAAUUCUGUUUUAGGAUAUUAUCUUACAAAGGCCCCAUCUAAUCCUGGAGCUGGCGAUAUUCUAAUGGGAUUUCUGGGAUCAGUAAUUAUCUCCUUUGCCUUCUCAAUGUUCAAACAGAGAAAGCUUGUUAAGAGGCAUGCUGCAGAAAUGUUCGCCUCUGUCAUCCUUUCAACGGUGUUUUCUUUGUAUUCAACUGCUCUCAUUGGUCGCCUUAUUGGAUUAGAACCAGAUUUAACUAUAUCAGUUCUACCAAGAUGCAUAACUGUUGCACUCGCUCUCAGCAUUGUCUCCUUUUUCGAAGGUGCCAAUUCAUCUCUGACUGCUGCUGUCGUUGUACUUACUGGACUGGUCGGUGCAAAUUUUGUUCAAACGACACUGGACAAAUUUGGCUUCCAAGAUCCCAUUGCUCGAGGAAUUGCAACUGCAUCGAGUGCACACGGACUGGGAACAGCAGCAUUAUCAGCAAAAGAACCCGAGGCUCUUCCAUUUUGUGCGAUUGCAUAUGCCCUUACUGGCAUUUUCGGUUCUUUGAUUUGCUCUGUUCCAGCUGUUAGACAAAGCUUGCUAGCAAUAGUUGGGUGACCACCAGAUGAUGCGUAUUUAUUUGUUCCUACAGAAUGCAAGAACAAGGCUCAACUGCAUUUUGUAUAUGUCAACCCAGCAAUGUAGUUUUUGAGCUACUGUCUUUCUUGUGCAUGUGAUUUCUUCGUUUUUUAUGAUUUUAGAUUGGUCGUUUCUUUUAAUGAAGAUCACAAUCUAACA